AUGGCAUCUUCAUCAGAAGAUACUAGUGCGGCGGCGGCGCAAGGCGGCAAUAAUGACCUUAUCAUAUCUGACGUCCUACCCAAGACCCGCGGCAUCAACAUCUUUGCAUCACUCACUCGGCAGUUUGAAUCAGUUGAGGCUCGGCUGAAUGACCGCUCGCAGAAUGUGACGGUUUUAGCGCCUCGCAAUAGCGCUAUACAAGACCUUCCGCGCAAGCCUUGGGAGAAUCCCGAUGAUUACGAGAGGUUUGGAGAGAUGCAGGCGUAUGAAGGUGACGAAGGGCAAGACCGAGCGAAGCAUAAUUUGGAACGGUUUGUUACUGCUCAUGUUGUCACUCAGAGUCCGUGGAAAGAGGGAGAAGAGGCGGAGACACUUGGUGGAGAUAAGUUGAAGUGGAGGAAGGACGGGGAUAAGAUAUACAUUGAGCCGAGCGGCAUUCAAGUUGGCAGUAUCGCAGAGCAAGUCUCAAACGGCGAGGUAUGGGUCUUGGACGGAGUUAUCAACUAUACUUCCUAA